CAUUUAUGGGCAUUUUAGGCAACCGGCUUCUACAUUGGCUGAAAUCCAUGACUCAUAAUCCUCAGCGAAAUAUCGCAUUUUCCGUGCAUCUUGACGCUCGCAUCUCGAUUUUUACGUGACAGUUUGCGAAACGUCACUCAAACGUCUGCUUUUUAGCGCUGAAAAAGUUUAAAUUGUUUUAAAAAGUUUCGUGGUUUCGUUUAAAUAUCGCGCAAUAAACGCGCCGCGAAAAGUAGAACGACUUAAAAUCUUGGAAGACUGAUAAGUUGUUGGUAAAAAUAUCAUAAUAUUGUGGACUAUAUCAACAGUAUUGUAGUUGUUGUUGUAGCGUGCGAAUAGAAGCGUUCUGGAAGGAUUUUUCGUAGUUUGUUGGAAAUAGAAGUUAAAAGGGCGUAGGAAAGUGCAGUCGGACGCGUGCGCACUAACCACAGCCGGUAGAUCAACGUCCUGCAGCUCCACUAGAAACGGACAGUCGGUUUAAACUGUGUGCAACUGCCAGUUCGUAUUUGUAUAGUUUAUUGUACUUCUGGAUUAAUUCAAUAUGGCAUCCGGUGUGACAGUUUCGGACUCGUGCAAGACCACGUACGAGGAGAUCAAGAAGGACAAGAAGCACAGGUACGUGAUCUUCUUCAUCAAGGACGAGCGACAGAUCGACGUUGAGGUGAUCGGCGCGCGGGACGAGGAGUACGAGCAGUUCUUGACGAACCUCCAGGCGGGAGGCGCGGGCGAGUGCCGCUACGGGCUCUUCGACUUCGAGUACAUGCACCAGUGCCAGGGCACCAGCGAGUCCUCCAAGAAACAGAAGCUCUUCCUCAUGUCGUGGUGUCCCGACACCGCCAAGGUCAAGAAGAAGAUGUUGUACUCCAGUUCCUUUGAUGCCCUCAAAAAAUCGCUGGUAGGUGUGCAGAAGUACAUUCAGGCAACGGACUUGUCGGAAGCGAGCCAGGAGGCCGUGGAGGAGAAGCUGAGGGCCACAGAUCGCCAAUAA